UUCAACUUGUAGCAAACCGACCGGUACGUCACUCUCGCGGCCGUAUGCCCGCUCGCUAUACAUAGUUAGCAUCUAUGUCGAUCUUUUCAACAGUGUAUAAUCUAUGUUCCGGGCGCUUCCGUUUUGAGUGUGAAUAGCGUGCGCCCGCGUCUAAAUGUAAUUAUUGUUUAAAAUUGAAAAUUGUUUGUGAUAAAGGAAGAUUAAAAUUCGAAAUUCGAUAUUGGUGACUAACCCAUAGUUUUAAAUACCCCUGAGAUCUACCCCUCACUAUAUCUGGCUGCCCAACGUUUCCUAAUUUUUUUCUUGCUUGGACUAACAAAAUGGCGCGCACGCUUUUGUGAAAAAUUUGCUAACUAUUGUAUGCUGUUGGUGCUUAAUUGUAAAGAAUGCCUUUAACUAGAAAUCAAGAUCGCCAGCAACGUCGCGAAGACGACGUUAUUCCUGCUGCAGAUGCAAAUGCCAACGAAAAUCACGAGGAGCAUGAUAGCCCCCAUGAUCGCCCCCACGCCGAAUCACGUAGCAACAAUUCUACGUUCAACUUGGAUGAUGUUUCAGCGUUGAUGGCCUCGCUGCAACGUUCGCAGGCCGAAACAUUUAAGAACAUUAUGUCGUACGUGAUGGAACAAAGAUCGUCGACUCCGGCACCUCCGCCGAUGCCCCCAGUGAACGUAGAUGGUACCUUGGCGCGUUGCAGAGCUUCUUUCAGCGGUGCACCUGGUGAAUCUGUUGAGGCCUUUAUAGAUGCAAUUGAAAGCUAUACAGAAUGCGUUCAAGUAUCUGACGCUAACAUCAUACGAGGCCUAGCCAUGCUUUUGUCUGCUGACGCAGCUACGUGGUGGCUAGGAUUAAAGCAUCACAUCUCCACUUGGAACGAAGCCAAAGAAAAUUUAAUAUAUGCAUAUGGCACCCGCCUUCCACCACAUAGAAUAUAUUUGGAAAUAUUUGCUUCCCCGCAGGAUAACGAAAACACAGACAAGUUUGUUGCUCGUAUUCGUGCGCUUAUGGCAAAGCUACCGCGGGAUGAUAUUACUGAAAAAGUACAACUUGAUAUGAUAUACGGGUUGCUUCAUAAUAGAAUACGCACAAGAUUGCGCCGUGAAGAAAUCACAUCUUUCAAUUCAUUAUUAAACCAUGCUCGGAAUAUAGAAGAUUCGAUAGAGGAGACUCAAUCGAGACCAGUGUCGUCCACUAGUGGUGUGCGUUCGAUCCGUGCCCAGCCGGCCCCGGCUGCGAGUCGGCCUGAACCGUGCGCCGCUCGUGCGAGUGCGCCGGCGCCGCGCGCGCGCUUUUCUAACUCCGCCGCGGCCGUCGUGCCCGCCACCGCUGUGCCUGCCGCUGUCGCCCAGCCUACCGUUGCCACGCCUGCUGCUGCUGUGCCAGGUUCUGCAGAGCAAUUCGUGACCACGAAGAAACAGCGUCCAGUGUGCUCCUACUGCAAACGGUUUGGACAUGUACGGGAACAGUGCCGUAAGUUAAACAACCGAGGUGAGCAAUCUCAAUCUAACUUUUCUGAGGGUGUGCAAAAUGACAAUAAUGCGUUUUACAGUGUUCAGUGUAAUGUUAAUAAUACUAACACAAUUAGUUCUAAUUUACCUGUUCAGAAUGCAAUGUAUGAUGUUAAGCAGCAUGACAAAAAUAAUUUUCUGAGUAAUUUUGAAUGUCAAAAUUUUUGUAACCGGGAUGCAAAUAUUAAUUAUGCUACCAUUAAUAGAGGCCCUACUUCCAGAAAAUCUUAUUUUCAUGACUGUAAUAAUUCUGUGUCAAAGAAUAUUAACUGUAAUUGCACUAGUAAUAAUGAGAUGCCAACCUUUUGUGAUUCUCAUGUUUUAUAUAAUCAGGAUGUUCGGACAAAGUGUAAAAAUUUAAAUACUUGUUUUAACCAGGGAAUUAGACCUAAAUGUAAGAAUUCAAUUUUACCUUAUAAUCAAAUAAUUGAACCAAAUUGUAAUAAUUUAAAAUUUUCAACUAACCAUGACUGUGACACAAAAGGCAGUAAGUGUAAUUUUGGAAAAAUUAACGAAUGUGUGGAAAUUGAUAAUUGUUUGAAUUUUAAUUAUUGUACAUGUGAGGGAAGUGUUGUAGCGUCCGUGUACGACCGUGAGAGUGAUGAUAGGUAUUUGCAUUUACGGCCUAUUUUCAAAAUUCAAGUUCUCGGUAAACAGGGUACUGCACUUAUAGAUACAGCAGCUAAGCAUUGUAUUGCUGGUCACACGCUGUAUGCUCUCCUUCUACAAAAGGGUCACCCUCUUACUCCCUCCACUAGGCGAGUCAAACUUGCUGAUGGGCAUGUUCGGAAUAUGGAUGUAUUGACAACCAUAUUACCAGUGAGGUUAGAACACAUAGUGAUUAAUAUUCCAUUUAUAAUCUUCCCUGAUUCUAAUGAUAAUGAAACUUUACUGGGUAUUGAUUUUAUUAAUGCUGCCAAAGUUAUUAUUGAUUUUCAUCGUCAUGAAUGGUAUUUUAGUACUGAUGCUAAGGUGCAUUAUAAAUUACUUUUUGAACCUAUGUCUCGUGGUGUGUGCAUAGCUUCUGCUAACAUGCUUCGGGAUGAUGAAGGCAUGCACUUGCAAUCAGCUGAGCGCCAAGCAUUAUCUGAGUUCCUUAUUCGGCAUGAAAGUAUUUUUACAGCAGGGGGAGGUCCGACACCAUUCAUAGAACAUUGCAUAGACAUCGGAGAUCACCCCCCGAUAGCUGUGCCGCCCUAUCGCCUUAACCCUUCCAAGAAGGAGACGAUGAAGAAUGAAAUAGAGAAGAUGCUGGCAGAUGACAUCAUUGAAGAGUGCGAAUCCGCCUGGUGCUCUCCUGCAUUGAUGAUACCGAAGUCCAAUGAAGGAUUCCAGCAACACCUACAAGAUCUGGAAGCUGUUUUUGGACGUUUGUCUGAAUUUAAACUUCACGUAAACAGAGAGAAGUGCACUUUUGCCAAAGAAAGGGUCCGUUAUCUGGGCCACGUCAUCACUCCAGACGGUGUGUCUCCUGACCCUGAGAAGGUCAGUGCUGUCCUUAAUAUGCUGGAACCAUCUAACCUAAAACAUUUAAAAACUUUUCUCCAAACAUGCUCUUGGUUCAGGAAGUUUAUUCCAAACUUUUCAAAGAUAGCAGAACCGCUUACUCGACUGACCAAGAAGAAUUACACAUGGAGCUGGGGACCUGAACAAACACAGGCAUUCAAAGAAUUGAAGCGUCUGCUGACCACGGCGCCCGUACUUGUUCAAGCGAAUUUUAAACAACCCUUAGUACUGCGUACCGACGCGAGCAACUAUGCACUUGGCGCAGUUUUAGCUCAAGGGGAAGGCAAGGACGAAAGGCCUAUCGAGUAUGCUAGCCGCCUACUCACCGCAGCGGAGCGCAACUACUCUACUACAGAACGGGAAGCGCUUGCUGUAGUCUGGGCCGUGGAGCGUUUCAGGCCAUACCUCGACGGCCAACCAAUUAUUAUAGGCAGUGACCACCAACCCUUGCGUUGGUUGCUUUCUUUAAAGUCUCCUGCUGGUAGGUUGGUCCGUUGGGCGCUUAAACUCCAAGAAUUUGACAUUAGAUUCGAGUACACCCCAGGAAAAGCUAACGUUGUCGCUGACACGUUAAGUAGACCGAUCUGUUCCAACGAAACACAAAAUAACUGCGGCAUCUGUUCUGUCAUUUGCGACCUGCCCACCAAGUCACCUACCCAGUUACGUCAAGACCAGUUUACUGAUCCGGAAAUACAGAAGAUCGUCACAGAACUGGAAGGAGUGGAUGAACUUGCUGCUAAAAGAUGGUCAGAAAGAGGAUUUCUAAUGGAACAAGGUGUUUUAUAUCGAUUUAAUCCGGAUUCUGAUGCCGAGGCCCCUCAAUUAGUCAUUCCUGCCCAUCAAGUGACCGACAUUCUCAAAGAGCUUCACGAUGCCCCUACCGCUGGACAUGCAGGAAUUGACCGGACUUACCAACAAGUCUCACGUCUGUUCUACUUCACAGGAAUGAGAAGAAUCAUAACCGACUAUGUAAAGGCAUGUAUCCAUUGUCAACGCUAUAAGGCUGCUAAUACCAAGCCUCCAGGUCUAUUGCAGACGCCGGUGAUGAACCAGCGCAACGAGGUCUUGGCAGUUGAUCUUUUCGGCCCGUUACCACCUGGAAAACAGGGGGAGCGUUGGAUCUUGCUAAUAGAAGAUACUGCUACGAGGUGGACAGAACUUUUCCCAUUGAAGGAAGCUACUGCUGAGGCGUGUGCACAUGUCCUCAUAGAGGAGUAUUUUAUGAGGUUCGGUCUUCCACGCCGACUAGUUUCUGAUAAUGGCGUACAAUUUAUUUCGGCAGUCAUGCGUCAAUGCAUGUCCAUCCUGGGGAUAAAGCAAAACCUUAUCCCUCUCUAUCACCCAGAAGCAAACCCCGCCGAACGUAAAAACAGAGAUCUUAAGACUUUAUUAGCACAACUCGUGGAAUGUGACCACACUUCCUGGCCAAACAUGUUACCAGUGAUUCGAUUCGCUCUUAAUAACGCUAAAUGUCGCACCACAGGUAUGUCACCUGCUUACUUGUCAUUUGGCAGAGAGAUGAGGUCCCCCACAGAAGUCGCCCAUGACCUUCGUGCUGUUCUAGACAAAGAUAACUUUGUUCCCCAAAUAACUCCCUAUCUCAGGAAAUUUGUUAACUCCUUUUCAGCGGUGCGCGAACGUGUAGAGACGCUUCAAGAUAAAGCUAAAGGGUAUGCUGAUCGUUCGAGACGGCCCAUUGAAACAUUCAACGAAGGUGACAUGGUUCUCAUCAAAUCACAUGUCCUCAGUAAGAGCGCUAAUGGCCUUACUUCUAAGUUUGUUCCAAAACGCGAUGGUCCGUAUCGCAUCGUUAAAAAGGUCAGCCCUACUACUUACCACGUCGCGCAUGUUGACAAACCUGAUGAAGUUUUAGGGAAAUAUCAUGUGAACGAUCUCACUCUAUACCGUGAGAAUCAGAGUGAUGCUCUUCCGCGGCCGGUGAUGCCUAAAAAGAAACGUGGUCGUCCCCCAAAUAAUGUUAAAACAGAUUCUCGAGUUCCAGGGCAUAUGACGACACGGCAUGCUGAACCAUGUGCUGAAGCUCCACGUCUUUCUCCCGCAGCUGGUGGUAUGGUUGGUCUUGCGCCUGUCCCUCAGCCCAGUAGUAAUGAGAUGCUAGUCCAGGAGCGAGGGCGUCCUCCAGGACUAGAGGGGGAGUAUGUAGCAAACCGACCGGUACGUCACUCUCGCGGCCGUAUGCCCGCUCGCUAUACAUAGUUAGCAUCUAUGUCGAUCUUUUCAACAGUGUAUAAUCUAUGUUCCGGGCGCUUCCGUUUUGAGUGUGAAUAGCGUGCGCCCGCGUCUAAAUGUAAUUAUUGUUUAAAAUUGAAAAUUGUUUGUGAUAAAGGAAGAUUAAAAUUCGAAAUUCGAUAUUGGUGACUAA